CUGGCAUGCUAUAUAAAAGCUGCGGCGCUAAUUUUGCCAUUCACUUGCAUUUCUAACCCUAAGCUACGACCAUGUCAGACGCUGUUGCUGCCAACCCUACUGCUGAUCCUGCACAAGCUCCACCUGCAAAGAAAUCAAAGGGAACCAAACCUAAGGGAGAGAAGAAAGCCAAAGUUGCUUCACAUCCGGCCUACGGUGCCAUGAUCAAAGCUGCCGUCAAAGAACUGAAGGAUCGCAAAGGAUCAUCAAAACAAGCUAUCUUGAAAUAUAUCAUCCAGAAAUACAAAGUCGGAGACAAUGAGAAACAGAUCAAUGCUCGACUUCGCCUGGCUCUGAAAAAGGGUGUGAAGGAUGGUCUGUUGAGGCAAGCUUCCGGGACUGGAGCCUCUGGACGAUUCCGUCUGGCCGAGAAGACCGAAACUCCGAUGAAACCUAAGGUUGCCAAGAAGCCCAAGUCUGCCUCAGAAGCCAAACCAAAAGCUGCUGCUGCUGCUAAGCCUAAGACGCCCAAAGCCAAGAAAGAAAAAUCAGCGAAGUCACCAAAGAAGGCAGCCGCUAAGCCAAAAGCAAAAUCCGCCAAAUCCCCGAAAAAGUCUGCGACUCCCAAGAAGGCUCCAUCAAAAGCAAAGACGGCGAAGAAACCGGCUGCUAAGAAAACUGCAGCAGCGAAGGCAUAAUGAUGCCAUUUCAUUGUUAACACUGUAUUAAUAUGCAUCUCUUGAGGUUCUAUCGAUCUCGUGUAUAUAGAUUGUAUUUGUUUAUUGACAUUUGUCCUGUUACGGUUACUCGCGCUAGUUAUGGCUUUUCCAUCAGAUGAAGUAUUUGUUGUUAAUAAAUCGUUGUUAGUUUAAU